UGGGCAGCGCCCGGACUUUGCCUUUGUGUCAGGGCGGGGGCGUCUCCUCCGGCCGCCGCUCGUGCGGACGCCGCCGGCUCGGGCCCCGGUGGAAAGGCCGCGGGAGUAGUCAUCGCGCGGAGGCUUGUCCGCGGCUGCGUGUGGGGCGCGGGUGUGCGUGCGGAGGCCGAAGUCUAGGAACCCGGGAGAGGGCUGUCCCCUCGCUUGGAGACGGCUUUUUUUUUUCUGGUCAAGCAGACAGUUCAGGAUUCUGAAUCCAAGCAUGAACGUUCAUCGCGGCAGUGAGAGUGACAGAGGGCUGUGGCAGGAAGCGAGCUGCCCAACUGAUGGGCCCACAGCCCCAGCGCCAGAAAGAGAAACAAACAGCUUGGCUGCUGCUGCUCUUCAGAACCUCACUUACCCUCCAGGUCCCAGGAGUGAUGACCUUUCACUUGACUAUGCCUCUCAGCCAGCAAAUCUUCAGUUCCCUCACAUAAUGCCACUUCCCGAAGACGUCAAAGGCUCCUGCUUCCAAAAUGGGAAUAAACGGAACCAUGAACCCUUUAUGGCUCCAGAACGAUUUGGAAACAGCACUGUGGGCUUUGGCAGUAACGUUCAUUCCCAGGCGCCAGAGAAAGUGACACUUCUUGUAGAUGGCACACGUUUUGUUGUGAAUCCACAAAUUUUCACUGCUCAUCCGGAUACCAUGUUGGGAAGAAUGUUUGGACCAGGAAGAGAGUACAACUUCACUCGGCCCAAUGAGAAGGGAGAGUAUGAGAUCGCGGAAGGAAUCAGUGCUACCGUAUUUCGAACAGUGCUGGAUUAUUACAAAACUGGUAUCAUCAAUUGUCCUGAUGGCAUCUCGAUUCCAGACCUUAGAGAUACAUGUGAUUAUCUCUGCAUUAACUUUGACUUCAACACUAUCCGAUGUCAAGAUUUGAGUGCUUUACUGCAUGAAUUGUCUAAUGAUGGUGCUCACAAGCAGUUUGACCACUACCUUGAAGAAUUGAUCUUGCCCAUCAUGGUGGGCUGUGCCAAGAAAGGGGAGCGAGAGUGCCACAUCGUUGUGCUAACAGAUGAGGAUUCUGUGGACUGGGAUGAAGACCACCCUCCUCCCAUGGGGGAGGAAUAUUCCCAAAUUCUUUAUAGCUCCAAGCUCUAUAGAUUCUUCAAAUAUAUUGAGAACCGUGAUGUUGCUAAAACAGUGUUAAAGGAGAGAGGCCUGAAAAAUAUUCGCAUUGGAAUUGAAGGUUACCCUACCUGUAAAGAAAAAAUUAAGAGGAGACCUGGUGGCCGGUCUGAAGUAAUCUAUAACUAUGUGCAGCGCCCCUUUAUUCAGAUGUCCUGGGAAAAGGAAGAAGGGAAGAGUCGCCAUGUGGAUUUCCAGUGUGUCCGAAGCAAAUCCCUCACCAAUCUGGUAGCUGCUGGAGAAGAUGUCUUGGAGGACCAUGAGAUAUUAAUGCACCACCCACCCCAAGUGGAUGAACUUGACCGGCUGAAUGCCCCACUUUCUCAGAUGGCUUCUAACAACUUUCAGGAUUAGGGCCAGCUGUGGACCCACGCCUCUUCGGAGCCCUUCUUUGUACUGGAUGCCCACAGCUAGCCCUUCCCACGGUUUGUCUCACCCUGAGUAGGAGACCUGCUUCUCCGUCCUUUCCGUUUUUCCCACAGUUAGUGUGUGUCCUUUUCAUUACUGAAAAGUCUGUGCCUCCGGCAGCGGAUAAAAAAGCACUGACUGGUAAUUAAGCUACCAACUUUGCAGCAGCCCUGGUAACUUGAAAAAUCUGGUGCCGUUUACAGAGUCUUCGCAUAACUGCAAAAAGCAGGAAAGAAAGUCAAGACUCUUGUGGCUUCGUAUUCAUCAAAGCAGUCCUCUCAUCCUUUAUACUUUGUUCUUGGCUUUUUUGUUUGUUUUAUACCAGGCAAAUUACUUGGCAGCAAAGGGACCAAACCUUAAAAAGAGACAAUCUCUAGCUCCCACAAGCUGGCACUAAUGGGAUUCUUGUUAGGGGUCAAUGAAAAUGCCACUCCUGGUGGCCUCUGUGCCCAGAUCACAUCUGGGAAGAACUAGGCUCUCAUCAAAAUGUCCAAAGGGGAUUUCUUAAGAGUUUAAAUUCAGUUUUGUUUUUCAUUCAUUCAGUGAAUAACUCAAAGGCAGAUUCUUUGACUAUAAUAGUGUAACAAUGUUUAUGAAACCUUGUCAGGUUCAAGUCUAAAGGAAUUAUUUGGAAUGACCAUUUGGAAUCAAAUUCACAGCUCCAGAAGAAUCUUUUGAAUCAGGCCACUUUAAUUAUCUGGCUUGGAAUCUGAUGUGAAGAAGCUGUAGGUCUUCACUGUAGGCAGCGCACUACUGUAAGUGUGGCUUGGAAACCUUAGAUGAUAUGGGCUUAAAGGCUUUCAAGAGAUGGGCAGAAACUUCUGACAAGUGCUCUGUUUCUCAACAGAAAAGACUUCUAAGAGCUCCAGGGAAGGGGGCAUUUGGGGUGAAGCUGGGUGGGGAAACAUCACCUACCCAGGUUUUACCCCAGUGCCGGAUUUUACUUUAUAUAUUCUUUUCAUACAAUGGAAUUUUUUUUGGAUAUCAGGAUAUUUGUUUUUGAAGUGGCCUAUCACAGUGCUCACACUGGGUUAGAAAACCAUAGUACCGUCAUCCCCAAAGGAAGGAUGAGUUGAAGGGAUGUUAGGCCCAGUAAUUUUGUUUGAUCUGUUGGCUCUGGGUUAGUAUGGCAUGGUGUGUGACAACCCAGACCACUCCCCCCGGUACUGAACCAUUUUCCCUCAUGGCCCCUUGGCUGUUAACAGCAGAGCUAAAUCUAGAGUCUAGAGCCAGACGUUAAAUGUCUGGGGCUAAUCUCCCAUCUUGUGGUAAAGGUUGGCCACCUACCCAGAGCCUGUAGUCCUCACACAUUUCAGAGGUACAUAGUUUCCUUCAAGUUCUUUAAGGUAACAUGACUAGUUUUCUUAAAUUCCAUUCCCAUAAGACACCAUAAGGCAAACUAGUCGAUUCCAGUUUGCCCUAAUCAUAGUCCUCCAAAGGUAUAAAGUCAGAUGGGUGUCAAAAGCUACUCUUUCCAAGGCUUGAAGAACAAGAACGUUAAGAAGUGUGUUCUCUGUACAUGUGAGCAGCAUCACAGUGGAAAUCAAUGCUCUGUUCAUUACUCAGAAAAAAGUAGUAAUAAGUGGUUAAACUGAGCCAUCUCCCACCUAUAGUAGGUCUGACUACCACUGGCAUCCAAUUUGUAAGGCUGAUGGUAAUGGUUCAAUUUGAGAUUAGGUCUUUUUGUAGCCAGAGGGGACUUUUUUGUUUUGUUUUGUUUUUCCAGAGGGGACUUUUAUGUCUAUGAAACUCAUUGACUCUUGUUUGAGGUCUGGUUUGGCUUUGACCUUACCAGUACUUCAUUCCUACCAAUAGCUGUCCAGCCCAGAUAAUCAUUUAAUGGUGCUUCCUUUCUGCUUCUCAGUUGACUUCCUUCCAUGCCAUCACAAAGGAAAUCUGAAUUAACUGUGUAGUGUAAUAACUUCAUUCUACGUCUUCUGUAUUAACAUUCAAGUGUGAACAUGCCGCAGCUGACACUCUAAAACCAGUUAGUCUUUGCCUAGGUAAAAAGCCAGGUAUGAAAGUAUGGCAUGUAUGUAGCGCUCUGUUCUAUGUAAAUGACUCAUUUCCUCAGGCUUUCAAGAAGUAGCUGCCCCACACACACAAAAGGUGGGUAAUGUGCUUUUGGCCGCAAUCCAUAGGGUGAGUGAGCCUGAAACCCAUACAGGUAAAUCUGCUGGUGUCACUGGAUAGUGGUGACAAAGGGAAAAGUGGGGCCUAAAGCUCCCUUCUGGUGAAGAGGGAGGUGUCUUAUGGACCCACCACCCUCCCAACCUGGAACUCAGCAUCAUUGUAAUUUAGUAGCUCCCCUUAGCCAUGGCUGCUCUGUUCCCAGGGCCAGGACAUUCCAUUAAUGGCAGGACCAUUCAGUCGCUGCAGGGACAAGGGCUGGGUUGCAGUCAUUCCCUUCAGAGUCCACCACUGGCCAGUUCGGCAAGAGAUAUUUCUAAUAAAGAUGGAACUCAGGUUUGGUGAUUUUUGUUUUUUGUUUUUUUUUUUCUAAGUGCCUAAAUAAGGAAGCCAGGCUGUUCAUACAUCUUCUUAUGAAGAUGGUUUUGCUCAGACUGUCUAACUCAGAGGUAGCUCAGCGAGCCAAGAGGAACCUGAACUUGGAGUUUAGAAUCUGAGUUUGUGAAUGCAUCAUCAUCAUGCAUCGUUGAUUAGGAAACAUUUGGCAUUGAGCUGGAGAGUGGGCAGAGUGUUAACAUGAGAUGACGUCAUGGUUUCUCCCAAGUGGAGGAAAAGUAUAGAAAAGAUGCCAGCAAAAAUGGUAAGGAAGCUAGAAAGUAAAUUUACUGCACAAUGUAUAAUAGCCUAUAUAUUAUUUUAAGCUAAAUUUGAAGAAAGUAGUAUGUCAUCUAAUGUAUACAGGUCUCUGAAAAUACUGUAGAAUAAGCCCAGACAUAUACUUGCAGGAAGCAAUCAGCACAGGCUUUAACUCAAAUUGUCAGAGUGUGACAUAGAGUCUUUUUUUAUUAAGUGUGAACAGAAGGUUAAGAAUCAGGGGUUUUAGUAAUUUAUUCAAUGCCACUUCUUGCCAUUAUUUUGAAAUUGUUAAAAUGAACUCUUACCGAGUUCAGAAAGCAAACCUGAUGGCUUCACUGGGGGAGAUGGAGCCACACUGUGCUCUGGGUGGGAUUGCCUCUGCAGGAGAACAUUACAUUUUCUCUUAAAGGCAAAAUGCUUGUAGAUUUUGCCUCUUUACUUUGUAUUUACUUUUAAAGUUGCACUUGUUCACCUACCAGUGUUUACGAUAUCCUAUUACUUGGGAUGCUUUUUCUAUAAUAAAGUAUUAUCAUUUGUG